AAUUGGCUGCUGGGGAGUUGCUCUCUGCGGCCUGCUUCCGCUUCGGGAAUUGUGCUCUCCGGAAAGUGUAGUCAGCAGCUAGAAAUUGAGGAGAACAGUUGAGUUAUGCACCUGUGACUGAGAAGGUACAGGAAUCAUGGCAGACUUGACCAAACUCCACACGGACCCAUCCAGGUUUAUUUGCAUUUAUCCAGCUUAUAUCAAUAACAAGAAAACAGUUGCCGAAGGGAGAAGGAUACCUAUUGAAAAGGCUGUGCAGAAUCCAACAUGUUCCGAGAUUGCAGACGUGUGCCGUGCCAACAAGUUGCAAGUUGUUGUAGAGGCAGAUAAAAUGUACACACGUGAGUUGAACCGAGACGUCCAGUUCAGAGGCAGAGUGCGCGUGCAGUUGAAGAACGAGGAUGGGACACCAUGUGUGGACAAACUUACAUCAAGGAAAGCUGUAAUGCUCCGAGUAGCAGAAGACAUCCCAAAACUAAAGACCAGAACUCAAAAAUCAGGAGGCAGCGACCAAAAUGUGCCUCAAGGUGAUGGUGGCAAGAAAAGCAAAAAGAAGAAGAAAUAAUUGACCUGAGUAAAUGCAAGACUGGUCCACAUUAAGAAUGAUGCUAAAAGAUAGGGAGCUGAACUGACCAUUUACCGUUAUCAUGCAAGCUAAGCUCCCCCCCCCCAAGAAUAGUAGUAUUUUUUUAUUUUUGUUUCUCCAUACUGGAAUACAACACAACCUUUAUCUCAAGUUGUAAAUUGUUUGUAUCACACAAAAUAUAGCAGGUAAACCCCUGCAGGCAUAGGUGUUUCAUGAUGGGCCACAGUAUUGAUUUUUAGUAUCUAGGACAUACCUUUAUUAAUAAAAAUAUUUGUACAGCAGUUCAUGUACUGUAUCGAUAAUGGGGAAGGAGCUUUGUUUUCUAAUAAACUGGUUCCCAUAACCUCCCAUGAACGGCAGUGAAGCUGCAAAUAUGUAGUGAUUGAUGCAAUUUUUUUUUCCCCAAUGAUUGAAGGGAACAGAAAUGAGCGCUCUCAUAAGAAACCUGGUUGUCUGUACUGUCAUUUAAGCUGCUAAAAGUGUCAGGAUAAGUUUAUUUGUAUUACAUCUGGUGCAUUUUUCCAUAUGUUGUAAUUAAAGGCAUUUCAGUUAUAUCCUAUAAAAAA